CGUUCCGCGCGAGUUCCGUGUGUUGUCGCUGGCACGGACGGGCCGGGAGGAUUGAGGCAAAUAUACUCGCUGUUGGUUUUGCUAUGACUGGCACUUUCUUCUAGUAGGUUGUCUUUAUUUGAAUUAUUCUACUGAAAUAUCCAAGUAUGCAGGACCUUCCAAUUGACAUCCACACCAACAAGCUGAUGGACUGGCUGGUGUCUCGUCGACACUGCGAGAAGAACUGGCAGGAGUCAGUGCUGAAGAUUCGUGAGAAGAUCAACCAUGCCAUUCAGGACAUGCCAGAGCAUCCUGAGAUUGUCAAGCUGCUGUCGGGCGCCCACAUCAACUACUACCAUUGCUUGAAGAUAAUUGAAAUCCUCAAAGAGACAGAAAAAGACAGCAAAAAUUUAUUUGGAUUCUAUGGAUCCCAACGGAUGAAAGAUUGGCAAGAGGUGGUGAAGAUGUACGUCAACAAAAACGUGGGCCUGGCGGAGGCAUCCCAGGCUCUGGUUAGGAAUGUCAACUACGAAAUACCGGGCAUCAAGAAGCAGAUCGCCAAGCUGGAGCAGGCACAGACGGACUGCGACAAGCGGGAACAGGACUACAUCCGCAACGCCAAGUCAAUGCGCGACCAGUACGACGCCUCCUGCCGGCAACUGGGUCUGCAGGGCCACAAGCUGAAGACAGAGAUCCUGCACUUGCUGGACGAGCUGCCACAGGUGUAUGCCCAGGUGGUGGAGAAGGCGCAGGCGCUACGGGAACCCAUCGCCUAUUACAGGGCGUUCGUCAAGUUCGUGAACCCUUCCGUCGCCGACGACCAGCUCCUGCCCACGCUUCACUACUUCGUCGAGAACGGCGACGUCACGACGUACCAGUGGCGGUACGGCGAGCCGCCGCUGCGCGUGGAGCCGCCGCCAGCCGCCGUCGACCCGACCGACGAGGCGGCGGGCGCCGACGACGACCAGAUCGACUUCGGUGACGACGGCGGGAUAGACUUCGGCGACUCGGCCGAGAUAGACUUCGGUGACGAUGCUGCCGGAGGUGAUGCCGGAGGCGACAUCGACUGGGGCGGUAUCGAGGUGGAGGAGGGCUCUGAGGUCCCCGCGCAGGAGCCGGUGGACCUGACCGCGGUGGAGGUGGCCGGCAUCACGGUGGAGCACAGCGGCCUGGAGGGCGGCGUGGCGCGUGACACCGAGGCGCUCUCCCUGCUGGACAACCCGCACACGCGCACCGUCAUUGUCAACGAGCUCAUGGAGCUGGAGACGUUCCUGAUGCAGCGGGCGGUGGAGAUGUCGGACAGCCGUGAGGACGGCAUGGUCAGCAUGAGCCAGAUGCAGGGCGCACCGCAGUCGGUACAGCUGCAGACGGCCGACGCCGUGCGAGUCAUGCAGUCGGAGACCCGCCAGGUGCUGGACAGCCUGCGCACGGUCAAGCUGCAGCACCUGUUCCUCGUCAAGUCCUCGCCCAGGUACGUGGACAGGCUGGUAGGCUCGCUGCGGCAGAAGCUGGACAUCGCCGACAAGAUGACCGCCUCGGUGGAGGCCGUCAAGCAGCGGAAGAAGGCGGCGGCCGAGGAGGCGGCGGCUCUGCAGCCCAAGCUGAAGCUGAUCAUUGAGAAGACCCGCCAGCUGCAGAGCCAGAUCGAAGAGUCCAUUAGCGACAAGUACAAGGGCCGGUCCGUUCACCUGAUGGGCGGCGUCAGCGCCAUCUAGGCCGGCAUCGGGGCGGCGCCCGUCUUUUGGGUCUUGGGGCUGCCGUCUGCAGUCUGACGUCUGCAGUCUGCACUCUGUAGGAUGCAGUCUGGUCCAUCGUCUGCAGUCUGCUGCCUACCAUCUGGCGUCUGCAGUCUGCAGUCUGGUCUGCCGCCUGUCUGCAGUCUGUCAUCUGCAGUCUGCUGCAUGUCGGUUGCCGUCCGCCGUCUGCAGUCUGCCGUCUGUCGGCUGCCGUCUGCAGUAGACAGUCUGUCGUCUG